AUGUUCUUCUCAUUAGAAGAGGGAAAAACCUGCCCUGCUCCUUUGGUGGCCAACUCUGUCAUGAUUGGUGGAGAGGUUCCUCCGUACCAAGUUGGACACAAAGUGACCUUCACCUGCAGACCAGGUUUCCAUCUAACUGGGUCUGAACACAUCACAUGUGGGUCACUUGGCAUGUGGCAGCCCAAGCUUCCACGGUGUAUUCUUCUACCAAUGUCGACCGAGGAGCCCUUCUACGACGUAGAACUCCCUCCUGCAGGGGGCUGUUCGAGGCCAGCAGCAAUCAAAAACUCCAAUGCAGACCUUACAGAGAAGUACAUGAUGAGGAAGACCUUUUCAUCUGGUGACCAAGUCCAGUACAUGUGUAAUGUUGGAUAUGCUCCAGCAGGGGGCAGCAGCUACCGCACCUGUAGGAACGGAAAGUGGACAGGACUGUUCAUGAGAUGUGAACGUAAGUUAUAUAACAAUUUCUAGAACAUAACUGUAGUUC